CUUGCCCGUAUAGCAUCUCAGCCGAGAGUCGUGUCGUGUCUUCAUACGCGGAGAAGCAUCUACAUAUACGCCAGCAUCAUGCACGCCGUUCUCUCAGCCGCCAUCUUGCUCGUGGCGUCGAUGUGCGUCGUGCACGCCGGCUACCCAGCGCUGCUGCCGUACGGCUACGGCUACGGAGCCGCACCCGCCCUCGUGGUGCCCAAGGUGGUGGCCCCCGUCUACACGCCCGUCGUGGCCAAGGUGCCCACGGCCGUCAGCUACUCCUACUUCCACGCCGCCCACCCGCCGCCGGUGAUCAAGUUGCACGCCGCACCAGCCCUGGUCAAGCUGCCGUACGCGCCGUAUUACCACUAAGAGGCGGGCGCGACCAUCCGAAACUUCCAAAGUCCAAUGGACCAAAAGCGUGUCAGUUUCGACGACAUUGCCCGACACGGUGCUCGGCAACUGCAGGACUGGGCUGUGCAUCAUACGCCACCUUGGUCUACGUACGCAGUGCGAAGUAGACGUACCUGCGCGACUGGCCAAUCUGCAGCACGUCAUCAAUGUACAAAAUUGCCAGAAUAAAAAAAAAAU